AAAGUAGCUCUCACCUUAUUUUCUUCACACUAUUAAAAAUAUUGGUGACACUUCUAUCUGCCAAUCUGUCCUGUUUUUGAGUCUCUUAAAAUAGAAGCCACCGGGGUCAUAGGAUGAAACAUUUGAGUAACGGCUGCAGGAUUCACGAGGAAUAAAUCUCAGCAGCCUCUCAAACAAAUGAAUUAAACGGGCAAUUUGCCUGCCCGACUCCAUCCCGCAAACUCGAACGCAAAGUGCUGUUUUCCCACCUGCGUUCUUUGGAUUUAUGAACUUGGCUGGAUUACAUUCAGGGCUGGUAAAAGACUGCGGCCUAUCACUGACGCACAAAGUCUGCGUCUGGCUCUCAUUUUUAUUGAUCCAGUCAUCCGUCCUCUCUGAAUUUACAAGCCCAGGACAUGCAGAAGGCUGGACGGGGGUCCGUGAUGAAGAUUGGGGGACGUAACGUGGAGGUGCUAUGACAGACGUAUAUAAGAAGGGGUAGAAAUGGGAAGGGUACUUUGAGACGAGACCUCCUGGCUGAAGACACACGGGAAAAAGACUUUGUGUACGUGUCGUCAUGCUGUGUAAACUGAAUUUGGUUUUUGCUGUUCUUCUCGCAGUUUUAGAGGUGCUGCUUGGACAUCCGGUGGUACACACGGCAGAUAUGACCUACGGCAGGCCAGUUCUUGUAGAAGAUGAGCAGGUGGUCAGUCCUGAAGAUUUGAGUUACUCUGAACAGGCGUUUCUGUCCCAGGGGGCUGAGAGAUUUGGCUACCCAUCCAUCAUCACUGGAGAACUCGGCAGUGACGGUCUCCGAACAGCCGGAUUUGUCCCCAGCCAAGCUGUAAAAGAGGUUCUGUUGGAGAAGCCGUUGAUGAAUCCUCUGAGUCGGUUUCUGGGCGGUAGGAAGCAAUACCACAAGAGAGGAAGCAAUACAGAGUGUUUCUGGAAAUACUGCGUCUGAAAACAUCAAUAAAACUCGAGCCCUUACAAGAUACAUACACGCACCUUCAGCUGCACAAAUGUAGUCUGAUGCACUAUUUGCAAAAACUCUUGUGUGUAGGAUAAAAAGUAUCUGUAAAUAACUGCGCUUUAGCUCAGAUGUAAAUAAAGUAAAAAUAUGUUUGAAAACAUUGUCUGUUUAAUAUUUACAUGCAUCAAAGGGGACAUUUCAUAAGACUUUUUAAAAAUGUCAAAUAAAUCUUUGGUGUCCCCAGAGUAUGUGUGUGAAGUUGUAGCUCAAAAUAUCAUAUAGAUAAUUUAUUAUAGCAUAAAAUUGCAACUUUGUUGGUGUGAGCAAAAAUGUGCCGUUUUUGGGUGUGUCCUUUAAAAUGUAAAUGAGCUGAUCUCUGUAAUUAAUCAU